AUGCGCUCCGCCCCGUGCUCCUCCUCCCGGGCGCUGCCCGCUCCCGCGCUUCACGCUGCGUCUCCUGGUCCCCACGCCUUCGCGGGUCGUGAGCUGGCCAGAGGGGCCCCUCGGCUUGAGUUCCGCGGCCGGGGCCUGGCCAUUGAGAGAGAGCGCCACGGGCGGGACUCAGGAGAGAUCCGAAGACUCCUCAACUCGCUGGAGUGCAAACAGGAUGAGUAUACCAAAAGCAUGAUCCUACACAGCAUCACCCGUUGUGUGUACCUGCUGGAGGCUGAGGCCUCGGCUUGUACAACCGAUGAUAUCAGCCUGGUGGGGGAGAUGCUGGAUGACAAGGACAACAGCGUCAAAAUCCAAGCCCUGAAUGCUCUUAAAGCUUUCUCUGGAAUCAGGAAGUUCAGGCUCAAAAUCCAGGAACAUUCCAUCAAGGUGCUGGAGCUGAUCUCGACCAUCUGGGACAUGGAGCUGCAUGUAGCUGGCCUUCGCCUCCUCAACAACCUCCCGCUCCCUGACUUCGUGCACCCACAGCUGCGGCGGGUGAUGCCCGCCCUGAUGGAGAUCAUGCAGUCGGACUAUGUCCUGGCACAGGUACAAGUUGUCCGCCUGCUGAGUUACCUGGCGCAGAAGAAUGACCUUCUCUAUGACAUUCUCAACUGUCAGGUGCACUCCAACUUCCUGAACCUCUUCCAGUCCUCACAGCCGGGGAGUCUGCUGUUUGAGGUGCUGGUGUUUGCUGAGCGGCUGAGUGAGGGCCGGAACUCAGGCCACUACCGAGCAGUGAAGUGGCAUUACAACGAGCAGUCCCUACACGAAGCCCUCUUUGGGGAUGAGUCCAGACUGGCCGACCGACUGCUCUCCUUGGUCAUCCACCCCGAGGAGGAAGUCCAGAUCCAGGCCUGCAAAGUCAUAGUCAGCUUGCAGUGUCCCCAGGACUUGGGGUCCCGACCCUCAGCCUGCCGUCCCAGCCAUUCCUACUUUAAAAACGGGGAGUAACGUUAAGAAGAACCAAUAAAUGCAUACGGGGGGGAAAGGAGAGGCUCCUGGAAGCAAGCGUCUGUCCGUGGCCUCCCAGGGUCAUCAGGACCUCCGCCUAGGCCAUGGCACAGCAAGGGCGAGUCUCCCAAAGGCACUCCACUUUUGUGUUUGGGAGACUGAAACCCUCCUUCUGUUGCUGCUCUUCAAAUCUGUUUUUCUUUUUCUGUUUUUUUAUGUGGUGUGUGUGUGUGUGUAUGCAUGUGUCCGUAUGUGAGCACAUGUGCAUGUUUGUGUACAUGUGUGUGCUUGUGCAGGUGGAGGCUCGACCUCCUCCACCUUAGUCACCGAGGUGGGGUGUCUCAGUCAAGCCCGCUCACAGCCAGUUCAUCGGGGGAUCCCUCCCCUCUCGUCUCUGCCUUCAAGGCUGGAAGACAGGGCAGUUGCUCUGCCCACUGGCAUUUGCUUGGGUUCUGAGGACUCUGGACUCCAGUUCUCACUUUGACUCCCCAAGUCAUCUCCCAGACGCCUUUUAACACCUGAAUAUGAAGCCCAUCCUUUCCUGGGGAGACAUAGGUGCUGCGGGGUGUGUGUGUGCAUGUGCAUGUGUCUCUGUGUGUAAGUGUGUCUGUGUGUGUUCUGUGUAACUGGAACUACAGUGAGAGGUGGUUGUGAACAAUCAUUCAGGUGCUGGGGACCCGGGUCCUCUGCAAGAGCAUCAAGUACUCCUAACCACUGAACCAUCCCUUCAGUCCUCCAGCAGGGGUUUAAGAAUCUCCCCAGAGUACCUCCUAUUGCAAACGGUGUGGUCUUCUAGGGUGUGGGCUGUUGUGGGAGCUGUGGGAGCCUGUCCUCUUUCUGACCUUCUGUCUGGUGCUAAGUCUGUUGUCACAGGAGCUCCUUCUGUGACACGCCACCAUCCACCCCAGGCCUUACAGAGGCUGCAUCCGUGGGGCUCGCCCAUAGACCCUUCAGAAUGAUGGGUUUAAACCAGGCAUGGGGCACACGGCUUUAAUCCCAGCCCUCGGAAGCAGAGGCAGGCUGGUAUACACAUCUCAAACUGCGCGUCUGCACGUAGUCUAUCGGCCCGUUCCUCUAGAGAACCCUGAUACAAUGCCUACCGUCAAGGCACUUGGACUUUACAUUUCUAUUGCAUGUGUGUUUGUAUGUGUGUGCGCAUGCCAUGCCAUAGUACAUAUAUGUCAGAGGACAACUGCUAGGGAGAGUUAGCUCUCUCCUUCCACCGUGUGGAUCCGAGGGUUGAACUCGGGUUGUCAGGCAUGGCAACACGCGCCUUUACCUGCUGAACCGUCAUGCCGGCCCGGACACUUCCUUACACCACAUGCCCCUUUAAGUCCUGGGCAGAGGAGGAACCACAGCUUCUCAGGGACUCCCAGACCCCAGCGUAUUCUCGAGUAUUAACUAACUGUGUUCUCCACCCCACUGAGUUUCCACUGGAAAUGAGGCUGUGCACAUUCCAGUGGCCACAAAGGGGGCAUGGAGGAAGACCUGAAAAUGUUUGGUGACCACAUCGAUGGACAGAGAGUGACAGACCGACUAGGUACGGUUGACAACCCUGGAUUGCGAGUGCUGGGUUCGAAUCCUAGCUCUGUCAUCUGUUGGCUGCCUGACCUGCGGUGGGGCAGGGCCCUGUUUUGCUUCAGUCCCCUUAUCUAUAAAACAAAUAGGAAAAUGACACUUACGGGCCUGAUGGGACUGGGAGGCCAUCGCAGGAGCUGAGCCGUGACGUCAUCAUGGAGAAGACACAGAUUGUCCCUUCUCAGGGGGACAGUCCAUGGGUAGACUGCCUAAAAACAUAAAAACAAAAACCAACAGCUUACGUUGGGGUUAAGCCCCAUCAAAACCUCUCAGGAUUCAGAAGGGUCGCUAUAGCAGCCGGAACCCUGACUAGUGAGGUCUGAGGGUAAACAAAUACCUAAGCCUUUUCGUCAGGUCCCAUUCAUUCUUUCUGUGCUCUCUCUAAAGGUCUCUUGACGCUCCCCAUUCGAUGGUCUCUUUUGGGGCUGCUCACUGGUUUUCCCAUCCCGCCAGGUUUCCAGUGCAUGUGCCCAAAGGCACGUAGUUAACAAUUCUCAGAGAAACAGCAAUGCUACUGAGCAUGCAUCUCUUAGGGCUAACAGGAAGGAUAAAAGACUGACGUGGUGGGCCCAGUGUGUCUCAGAAGGGGCGUGGCUGUGAAGCUCCCUGGCAGAUACUGGGAGGGUUAGGAUGGAGCUUGUCCCCUGGCUGAGCAUCCUGGCGCUGAAUCCGCUGGCACCCAGGUGAGAAGGACUCUGGGGUUGGUUUAGCAACCCAAGAUUUGUUCCUGCACAUUUAAGGGGAAAAGGUGCAAACAGCUAAUUUCCUAGACUCAGACCUUGUGUCAAAUGAAAGGUGAAGGUAAGCACAGAAUGUUAACAGCUUGUGAGGGUAGAGCAAAGGCCAGCGGGUUACACCUGAGUCUGCUGCUAGAGAACUCAGGGCCACCCGGACCUGUUUAUCAGUAAGAGCAGACCUGCUGCCUCUCUGCUCAGUGCCUCCUGCUCAGGGCUCCUUUCCUGUCAAUAAGGACAGUUGUGGGGGACCAGCUUUAUGUAGAAUUGACUAUAAGAUCAAAGGUCUGGCUGAAUAAAUGCUUUCAUACCAGGGCCCCACGGUGUGGAUGAGGUCGUCUAGUUGCCCAUACAGGAAGAAGUUAUCUAACUCAACGAAUGAUUCAUAUGCUGCUGGGACAUCUGGGAUGAAAACCAUGAUGGAGAAGGGCCAUGGCUUCCUAAGAUUGCUACAGAAUGGGCAGCGACUCCAAAAGACAGGCGUUCCCGAAGCUCCGCAAACGGGUUCCUGGUUGGACGGACCGCACUCCCGAUGUUGGAGUCUUCAGGUCAUAGCAUCUGGCUUCCCCAGAGCAAGCGUAGAAAAAUCUCAAUACUGUGUAUUCUAAAGUAAAACACAAAAACGUGCCUGGGGCCUGCGAGACGGCUCAGGGAGUAAAGGUGCUUGCGGCCAAGCUUGAUGUGGAUCCUCGGCAGCCACACGGCAGAAGGCAAGCAUGAACUCCUGCGAGCUGUCCUCUGACCUCAUGUGCCUGCGGGAGGAAGGUGCCACUCCGUACGCCGUACACAGUUAAUGUAAAUUUUUUUGUGCA